GUUUAUCAUCAAUCCCGGUUGACCUGUGUGUUCCGUUUUAUAUAUAAUGUGAUAAAGGGCAAGUUUCCUUUAUUUUUUCGUUCUGUUUAACUUUAUUGAACUUCCAUAAUGAUUCUGAGACCUACAUUUUUAGUUAUAAUUUUUCUAAAAUGCAGACGAACGUGUCUUCCGACACAACAAGUUGACUCAUCGACAACAACUACAGCAGCAACCACAACAACUACAACAACUACAACUGUUGCCACUACAACGACUACAGUUACCGAAGCUCCAUUCCCUUGCACAGUUUGUCCAAAAACAUAUGACAUGAAUUGCCAAGGAUUUGGGAUUCCAAAUUUAAUUAAUUGGUGUCCUACUGCUGCAGAAGUUGGAGUCACUUACGUUGUUGGUCUACUCUCCAUACUGCCCUUGCUUCCAGCCGAUACUUGCUCAACAACAGUUGUUUGUCCAUUAGGAACAACAGUAUUUUACAAUGUUCUCGGUACGGAACUGCCUGGACCGUCACCGAUUAUUGCGUGGUGCAGACAAUCUGGUGCUGGUGCUGGAACCUGGAACACAGGAAUUCCUCCACUGUCUGCAGAAUUAAGUUCUCUAGUUUGUCGACCUAUUGUGGGAGGAUAAUUUGUUUACAUAUUUCCAAAUAAAUUAUGUAUGUAAUCUUGAUUACUGUUUCUUCAAAGUACAAACUGGAUUAAUUGUUUUUAAAUUAGAAGAAAUGUGUGGUUUGACUCAUGAAUAAUUAUGGUAAA